AUGGUUGGCACAAGUCCCGGAGAGCUAGUUCUCCAUUCCCUUUUAAAACAGUUUUCUUCCAUUUGUCAAACAAAAGUUGAAGGUGCUCUGGAUGACAAAGCGGAAAAUGAUCUAGUCAAGUGUAUGCGUCUCCAGGAAGAUGUUGCAUUCCAACAACUCCUGACGGCCUUAAGCACUUGUGCAGAGCAUGCUCUGCCAUCUCUUCUUCAGACAAUCACUAAGUGGUAUGAUACUCAGCACUCGUCUGGUGCCCUCUACCCCUUCCGUCGUCCGGCUGCACAAACCCUAACUUCAAUCAGAGAUGCACCUAUAUCGCCCAAACCAUCUACCUCAGCUGCUGGACGAAGCCAGACCCUCUCAGCUGCCACUGGAGCUGCCUCCGCUGGCCAGCUGCCCAGUGGACGUGAUCAACUGGUCCGGUCGAUGCAUGUCGAUAGUUUCAGUGCUGGAUUUGCGUCUGCAGAGGCAGCUCCAAGUAACACAACUUCCGCUUUGUCCCAGCCAAUAGAGACCCAGGAGUCUUCUGCUCCCUGGGUCUCCUUGUCCAAUUCAGCUCGAGAGAACAUGGCAGAAAGGCGUGAUCUGAGCAUUGACAUAUUGUACUGUCAAGUACUUACUUCAGUGUUGAAACAGCUUCCUUACCAUCCUGGUCACGAUGAAAUAAUCAACAAGAUCCUCGAUCAGGCAUUCAAGCGCUUUGAGUACAAAGAGAACCUGCAGUCUAGACGCAAUGCCGAGAACAUUAACUUAGUUGCUGAUAUGUAUGCAAAGGUCGUUGGCGAACUCUCGCAGACAAGAUUCGGACUUGUGAGGCAACACUUUACGUCACGACUCGCGCAGCUCCGAGCCAAAGAGAGCAGCUCCUAUACAACGCACAGCAUAAUCUCGCUUCUCAUGGGAAUGAAGUUCUUCCGUGUUAAGAUGCAUCCAAUCGAGGAGUUCGUGGGCUACUUCACAUUCCUCCACGAAUUGGGUCAGUACUUUCUGGAAGUGAAGGAGAAGGAGAUUCGCCACGCAAUGACGUGUCUGUUUGUGGAGAUCCUCUUGCCUGUUGCUGCCGUCGUUCGUCACGAGGUCAACAUUCCUGCCCUCAAAAACUUCGUCGAUCUCCUCUACAACCCUGCUUUCGAACUGGCCAGCAAAAAGAAGCACGCUUUAGCACUCUUUCCCAUGGUUACGUGUCUACUGUGCGUGGGCACCAAGUCCUUCUUCCUCACCAACUGGCCACCUUUCAUGUCGCUGUGCUUGAGCCAAUUAAAGAACCGCGAUCUGGGUCAGGUCAGCAUUGAAUCCCUCUUCCGGCUUCUCUGGGUGUACGUUGUUCGAAUCAAGUGCGAGAAGCACACCGACACGCAGAACAAGCUGCAAAGCAUAGUGAGCGGUCUCUUUCCCAAGGGUUCUAAGUCGGUGCUUCCCAAGAACGUCUCCAGCACAGUGUUUGUGAAGAUCAUCCACUUCAUUGCUCAGGAGAAGCUAGAUUUUGCCAUGACAGAAAUAAUCUUCGAUUUGUUGGGCGUGAAUCGCCUUCAAAAGCUAGUAUUAACACCUGAACGCAUGAACAUUGGCCUGCGUGCUUUCCUCCUGAUUGCCCACGGUUUGCAACAGAAGGACGGUGAACCGCCGAUGCCGCAGAACCAGCCCCUUGGUGUGGGCGCUUGCUCCGUUCCUGGGGCCCCGCACGCUCGGGCCGGGGGUGUUCGUCGCUCCUUCCACGGAACCACACUCGACGAUACGCUGUGCGAGCGUCUUGGCAUCAGACCUUACCUCGUUCAUGUGAGGAAGGCCUUUGAGGCCAUUCUCCGCCUGUUGGACGCUCAGGUCUGUCGAAACAUGAUGCCACCGAAGCAGGAAGUGACGAUUAAAGACGGCGACGAGGCCGCACCCGUGGACCGCAAACCAAAGAUUGAUCUCCUGAAGACCUGCGUCAACUGCAUUCCCCGCCUCCUGCCCUACGAGAUGUCGCGCACCGAGUUAAUCGAGUUUCUGGCUCGCGUCUCGCUCAAUGUGGACGAGGAGAUCCGAAUGAUGGCGCAGCAGACCAUGGUCAACCUCAUCAUCGAAUCCCCCGCCUAUCGACAGAAAACCAUCCAAGCUUUUAUCCAGUUCAUUCAAAAGUACGUCCCCGACACCUCGCCGCACCAGUUGGAUAGCUGCUUGAAGACGCUUCACACACUGCUAGUGAACUGGAAAAUCGCUCUUCAACGGGACGCGGCCGUCACGACAAGUUUGUCGGAGAAGGUGGCUUUGGUGGAGGCGGAGGGCUUCGCGUUGGUGAUGCUGUGCCAAUGUAGGCCACUGGCGCGACGCCUUGCUGUUCACAUCCUGCGUGAGUCCCGUGCUGUCCUCCAUCUCAUCAACCAAGCGGCGGCUAACUCGAGGCACGAGGACCAACAGCUGACUCUGCUUGCUGCCGCCAACGCCGGCGGCGAUGUCUGCUGCAUUGACAUCCUCGACAGCAUGGCGCCGAUCAUUCUCGAGCGAGUUCUUCCGCUUCUGCCGCCGCAUGAGAGGCAUGACCUGACGAAUCUGUCGACGGUUGACUUCAAGUCUCUUGCCGAGCGCUCCAGUCCUGCCUGGUUCUGCGGUCUCCGUCAGCCCUCCACGUGGAAUCACAAACCUGUGGCGGUUCCUGCACCUCUUCUCAUUCCGCCUUCUCCUCCCCCACAUGCCGCUUCCAAUCCCACGUCCACCGCAAUGUCGUGUCCCCUACGGUUUGACAAAAGCCCAAAGACACCUAGUGGUUCUAAUUUGCUCCAAAAUGGCACAGCCGACCUUCUUUGUGGUAGAAAUGUUAACGAACACUCGCCAAUGUCGAAAACGACUGCAUCAAAAAAACAUCAUCUCGAAGUCUCUCCAGAAGGCAGGCGGAUCCCGCCACAUUCACCUCCGAUGCAGCCGCCCAUUAGACCCUCCGCCUUCUGCCAAUCGCUCCUGUCGCCGUACAUACUUCAACCGCGGUUGGAGAGGACUCAACUAACCGACGUCUGGGCGACUGCUCUGUCUGUCGCGUUGUCUACCAGGAGUCCGCUCAGCUGUCAUCCAGCUAUGCUGUACACUUGGAACAUCGUUUUCCAUCGGCUUGCACAAGUCUUCGCUCUGAUCGAUCCUAAUGCGCAGGCGGCUGAGAAUCGGACCUCGUCGCUGCUUCGUUCAACCAGUAAGAAGGCGCCGUUAACUGAAAGGGAUCAGUUGUUGCCGUUGUGGCACAACUACGUAACUCUGGCCUGCUGCAUUGCACCCUCCUCCACAGGGGUCUCAGUGGUCGAUCGCAAGAAACCGGGCUACGAUGUCGAAUCAGCUGAUCUUCUCUCCGGCGCAGUGGUUGGGCGUCGCACAGCACCCAAGCACGCAUCCAAUUCAUCUACAGGAUCAGCUGAAAUUGCUCCAUCGCCGAAUCACGAGACCAAUGCCACAUCAACAGCAGAGGGCACGCCUCAGCAUCCUGUUUGUGAACCCUCCGCUAUGCUUAGUCCACGCCAACAACAGCAUCUGGCAAACAGCAAACUGUUUAUCUUCGCCAAGGAGAAGGCCAGAGACCUCGUCAAACUCAUCAUCACCUUGCUUCGCUGUGAUAACAGCGACCUGCGGGAAUCUGUCAUCUGUGGCCUUAGCCGAAUUCAACCUGGCGCCUUUAGGGACGUGCUGGAGGACCUCCACCCCAUACUUCGCGAGUCGAUUGACGUAAAGCAGAAGAAUGUGCAGCGUCGUCGACGCAAGGAUACAUUGCGCUCAUCGCUUAUUCGACUUCUCGCUUUGAUGGCCCAAAAUGCUGUCUUCCAGCAUGAUGAAGCUGGAAUAACUUCAAGCCAAGGAGGCCUCCUUCCUGCUCUUGUCGACUUCAUCGAAGGCACUCGUGUCUACCUGGAGUCUCUCACCGAGCCAUCCGCGAUAGUGGUGACUAUGUUCGGCAGCAGUAGCUCCGGCACUGCUGGCUCCUCCAACGCACCUGCUGCGGUAUCUAUGGCGAACCAAGUGAAUUCUGCAGGCAUUGGUGUCGGAGCCGGUUCAGUGGGUUCGACCUCGAUUUCUGGCAGCGUAACGAGUGGUGUGGUGGGUGGUGCAGUUGGUGGAUCAACUGCAACCGGGGCGGGAGUUGGUGCUAAUCCGCCGAACGCUUCAGGAGCUCCAACAACGCCUUCAGCAUCUGCCGCCACCUCAACGGCCCCUUCGCAUGCUCCCACCGGUGUGGAUCCAGCUCUUCUUACGGAAAUGCGCCUAUACUUCUGCGUUUUUAUCCGCGAUUUGAUCAGACAUUUGCCACGUGAGCGUAGGCAGCGAUUGCUCACUCCGUCCAUGCGAAGAAAUCUCGUCCUUCUUAUUUCACGAUGGAGCGGAUUUUACGAACACAUCCAUAAUUCCAGGGACAUUAAAUGGAGCCAACCGCUCUGGAUUGACCAUCCAGAGACACCCAGUGAAGCCAAGUAUCCGACCACUGCCAUAGGCACGGACCAAGUCAUCUCUGGCGACCUCGUUCUCUCCAUCUCCGGCGUUCGUCUAGAUUCGGGUUGCCAGGACCCUCUAAUCUCCGCCUCUUUUCUCGACACCUCCAUCUGGCUCGAGUUAAUUUGGUACGCGAACCAGUCCAUGGCUGCUCUAGUUUGCUGCGGUUCCAUCUACGAUACCUGCGCCCUUUUCAACGCACCGGCUUGUCAGUUUCCCGAGGUGUCAACAGAGUUGGCUGGGCAGCAGUCGCAGCAGCCACAGCAGUUCUCCUCGUCUGUAGUUGAGGAGGACGCUAAUAUGGGCACAGUGUCUAGCGCUACCGCGGCCCUGCUUUCCACGCCUGUUCUUGGUUCGCAGUCGCUGUCCGCGGUUCCCAUGGCGACGCAGACCAACCCCGCCGGUUCAACCUUCCUAGGUUGCUUAAAGCAUGGCGGCAAACCUGCUCCUGGGUACAUCUUUCACUGGCUUAUUGGACUCCUGUUGUGCAGGGACGCAAAGCUCAUCAUUUCGCCUUGGUUGUGGGGUCUGCCUGUUGUGAAUUUCGGGGUCCCCUCGACGGUGCUGAAAGGUCCUCACGCUAAAACUGGCGUGAGGAACAUUCGACUUGAGGAUAAUCUGCGUUCCAUCGUGAUCGCUGCCGUGGGCGGACGUCGUUUGGACUCGCUUUUUCGUCAGCUCGGCGAGGAGACCCUGUUCCUCCUGUUGGACAUGAAUGCAGACCUUCCAGGCUUCCUUGAUCACCUCAUCGACCGAUGCUACACGGGGACUUUGAAUGUUACACAAGCCCUAUUCGUUGUUAUUACUCAGAGGUUUAUCAAAAAUCCGCGGAUGGCUUGCGACCAAUUUACAAUGCUGACGCUUGCCAUGGUAUUCAGCGAGCAUUCGGUGCCUGUGAUUCGAGAGCACGCCAUCUUCCUGUUGCAGACGCUCUACUACCGAUUCUUCCUCUCGCCGAGCCGGGAGCUUCACGAGCGAAUUCAUCCCGGUUGCAAGCGCACGGAAGGCGUCAACCUAUCGUCUCUGAAUGAGUCUGGAACUACGGCUCCCACAUCAACACCUGCCUCCACGGUAGUGGGCGGUGCCAGCCCGGGCGCUAACAACCAUGCUGAAUUUUGUCUUUCGGCCCUGGCAGACGAACUCCUUUGGCGGGAGAUUGGUCAUUGGAUGCCCUCGGACGUUAUUCGACAAUUUUGUGCGCAACAUCCCACCUGCACCUUGCCAAUGAUUUCGGAAAUUUGUCGACGUCUUGAAACUGCCUCCACCGAUGUCCGAUGUCGUCUACUUAAAUUACUGCACUACUGGACUAUCAACAUUGAACUAGUUGACCUUUUCGCCCGUCCAUCUGGUUUCCAUGCCUUCGGCGAGACUCUUAUCGAAAGUUCUUCUGGCGACGGUGGAGUUGUCGCCGCUGGGGUGGAGGAUGCUUCUACCGCGGCGACCCUGGAGCCCGUCUCCUCCUCUGGUAAAACCGAAAUUGGGGACAAUUUGGCCACCACCACUGGGCCCAGUUCUGGCUCCGAGGAAGAUGCCGGGCAAACUGAGAAAGUCGUGGUUAACAAGGGAAACGAGAGUGGUGAGAAAGGGGUUCUCUGUCCUUCACCCGCUGCAUCGGAGUCUUCGUCGUCUUCUUCAACAUUCAACUCUUCCUCUAAUAUCGAUUCCAGUGAUUGUGACUCUGAUUUGGGCGACACUGGUGCACCGGAUGGUACUGGGGUGGUGAAGAAACGUGGACAUCAACAGAGACGUCCCUCGGACCAAUCAUAUAAGCCCGAGAUCAAUGAGGACAAACAGAAAGUUAACGAGUUGUGGGCCAGUGUGCCCCUUACUCUCCGAAGGUCCGGUUGGGGUUCCCUUAAGGCAACGGAAAUGGUACUGAAUAAUUUCCUAUACUUGACAAUCCGUUUUGGCAACAAGACAAACGAGGCUCUCGCUCUAAGUGAUCUCUGGGUGCUUCUCAUCCGCUACCGACCUUCUAAUCUGCGCUACAUCAUGCGCUACCUCAUUGUAGCUGCUUCACUCGCUCCGGCCACUCUCUCCUCGCAUUCGAACCCGAAUCUGGCUCUCUCGAGCUUAACGUUUGUAUCUCAGGUGAACAGAGUUGUAAACUACUUGGCGAAUGAAGACCCCGGGGCUGUGGUGGAUGUACUAAUGACGGAGCUUCAGUCGAUUGAUGGUGCGGGUCUGAUGAUUGAGCCAGAUCCCGCACCCCCCUACUUCAGAAUCUCGGUUGCUUCAGAUCCCAGUGGUCAGAGCUGUGGGGGCGCCAGUGGAACGUCGGGCAGCGUCGCGGUAGCCGAGAAUGCCACACCCAGUGAUCGUCGCCAACGUCGCGUUGAUGGAGGCCACCUGCCCGACUUAAUAACUUUCAGCCAACGCGACGACGAGGUCUACGGCCUCUUUAGGGACAGGGAGCUCUGUGGUAACCAGCGAAAGAGUAUGUUUGUUGAAAGCAACUUAAGCCAAGGAAUCGCAGUUGCAUCUAAGGGACGACCCCGAUCAGCUUGUGGCGGUCCGGAACAAAAUGGGGCUGACGGUGAUGCCGCGUCACCGAAGAUAGGUGAACCCUCCAGUACCGCGAUCGUCCCCGCCUCCUCUUCCUCCGCCAUCUCCCGUUUAACCAAUCGAUUCGCCAGCAGUGCCACCGCCAUGGGUCGACGCGCUCUGAGAACGGCUCUCCAUGGUGGUGGAAGGCAGACCAAAGUCUCCACCGCACAUGACCAAGAACAACUUCAAGAAAUCGAUGUCGAUUCUCUCGAUGAGACUACUGUCUUUAACGAAGACGAAUCGUCUGUACUCAGGACAGCCGCAGAUACUAUGCCACAAUCGCAGAACUAUUCAACCGAGGCUGUUAUUACUGCACGUAGCCAAACUCUGCCCUACACGGCGGCGUCGCGUGAACGCUACAAUAAACAGGCAGUUGUGGGAAUGGAUGGAACCCCCUUGAAUCGUCCCAGCCGUCUGCGGAAAAUUCUCUCGCGUCGUCGCACUAUUACUGGUGAAAAGGAGGCGAGAAGCAGUGGCGGUCGCAGGAACCCAUUCCGUUCAAUAUUUCGCAGUGCGGGUAUCGGAGGUGGAUCCAAGGCCUCCCAGGCUCUACCAGCCUCGUCCAGCAGCACACGACUCUACACAACGUCUCUGCCGCCGAAUCUAGCCACCCUCCAACCUCUUCCGCUGCCUCUCCACUCGCACUCCAUCUCAAACAUCAACGAUUAUCGCAAGAAACGCGCUUCGAGGCGCAAGCGAACACCUUCGCGUGGACGCCAUCUUCGUGUGGAAGCGCCUCUGUUGGCGACGAGUCUGCUCUUGCAGCAGCCGCUGCCCAUGCCGAAUAAGGCCAGUGUCUACCAUGCGCCGAUGCGCGACUGGUUCACCGAACCGUUCGUCACCAAUGCGUCGCUCGUGUUUAGUGGGAUGUGGUCCCCAACCGGCGCCAGGUCACCGCUUGUCCUUGUGCUUGUGGGAGAAAUUCUAAAAUCACACAAUAAACACCGGGUCGACUGGCGGCGUCACAUGCCUCUUCUUUUACUCUGCCUCUUUCUGGGUUUGGACCACUGUCGGCCGCUUGUUCAGGAGGAAAGUAAGAAGCUCUUGGUAAACAUGCUGCGUGUUACCUGUCCUCGAAUCGACCUGCUUCGUCUGUUGUCCCUCAAGCUGGAAAUCGACCUGCAUUCCGUCUCUCGAGCCAUGGCCGGUUUCACCUCCCGCAGUCCCCAAUUCUGCCUCACCAUCGACGAUGGACCCUGCGUCCCUAAAUUCAGUCUGGCUACCCCGACAGAUGAUCCACUUUGCGAGGUGUCUACGUGUCCAACAUGGGCGUCCUGUUGCUCCACAGAGUCCUACUUUCCUCCAAAUGCCGCAGCUGGAGGCGGGCAGCCAACAGUUGUUCCCUCGGCUGGCCUAGCGCACUUCUCCCACUCGUCGUCAGGUACUCCUCCGGGUGGUAUUUCGCCCAUGACGGAAGCUCCGGCUGGGUCUGCAGUGGCGAUGACUCGUUCGCUCAUCGUAGCCCCACAGUCACAUAACCGGCCAAGUUACGCGUUCGGGUCCACCUACAGUCUAAUGAGCACUGCCACACUGAUUCCCGCGGGUCUUACUGACCAAGAACAGAAGCGCAGAUCGAUUAUUGACCCUUCGACGACUGCGCAAAUGAUUCAUGAAAACACGGAGGCACAAUUCCUCCGUAACACCUCCAGUGACCAUUUACCUCUGCAGAGCAAUGCUACUACUGCGGCAGCAAUGGGAACUGCUGUGGAGAAGUCUCCAGUGAUGACGGCGUUUGACCAAAUGGUCGUAGCUACAGCUCCUCACGAUUGCGAAGCUAGGCAUCUUCAUCAGGUGUCUGAAAGGCUCAAGCAAUUGUUGAUUGAAGUUCAAGAUCGGUCAGUUUGGUACUGGGAGGACAUUUCAACAGCGCGAUUCCAGCAAGCCACCCUAGCGUCUCUUCGCUCGAGUUCAUUCAUUUCAACCUCCGCCAAUGGAUCAUCGUCGUCAUCGCCACCGCCGCCUCAUCGAGAGAGCCUCAUUCUCUUGCGAUCAGCCCGAUUCCUCGAUCGCUUCGUCCGAUGCGUCGUCGAGGCAUUUGCUGAGGCCGAGUGUGACGGGAGGUGCGCAGAAGCGGUAGUCUGCCUCCAGUGCCACCACGGACCCCCGCACCAACACUCCUCCGUCGCCUUCUUCGACUGCACCGUCACACGCUUCGCGCAGGCCGCCUUCAACAUGGGCAUAACGUGCCCGAACCGGCACUAUGCCAGUCGCUCGUUGCAAAUCUAUCGGGCGCUGGAAGCACAGCUGGACGAAAAGAGCUUGUCCGAGGUUCUUGUGCGAUUAGUCGAGUCCAUCUCCGACUCAAAUGAGGAAGUUCAGGGUUACACGGUGGAACUGUUCCUUACGUUGGAGGCAGCGGUGGAGCACAUCCAAUUUCGCGGAACCGUGCUUCCCAUCAGCGUCCACCCGAAUGCCACCGCUAGUCAGUCUGGCCGGGUCGGUUUUACCCGGCCUUCCACUGUUGUGCCGCCUUCUGAUUCUCCUCGUCUUGUAUCGUCUCUUAAUCGUCGUAACUCCAUCGAAGAAGUGCCAGUCGCUGGGAAGCCUCCGACUCCACCCACGGCGAUGACUUCAUCGAAUUACCAACCAACCCCGCCCAUGGUGCAUGAACGACGCCAUUCGCGUCGCAGUUCAGCGUCUUCCCUUUCCAAUCUCAUCGGGGUGUCAGUCGGAGCGCCAUCGUUGCGACCGAGCAGUCAAUACGGCGGCAGCACUGCCAGUCUAGGCAGCCCGCAUCCCGGUGCAGUGCCUCCAAUCAAACGCCCUCUGAUGCCACCUCAUGUAGAGGCCGCCAGUGAAGACGCCGACACUUUGAAUGCGGUCACAGCACCAAUCAUCCCUCAUUCCAGCCCACUGAAACCCACACUGGCUGCAAUCGGUGUUAAAACUCUCUCACCUAGCAAGCCUACUGCUUCAAGCGAUGCGAGGUCCAGUUCUGUCGAAGCUUCGGCGCCAUCCUCAGCCACCGGGACCUGUCGACUAGCGCCGGAGGAGCAGGCCGACCUCCUGGCUGGCAUCUUCUGGAUCGGUGUUUGUCUUCUGGACUCGGAUUUUGAGUACGAGUAUCUGGCGGGUGUUCGGCUUCUCUCUCGUCUCCUGCCCUCCGUGUGUAUGUCACCAACUCCGGCUUCGGGAAAUCGCAAGUGGACUCCACAACAGCAGCAGCAACUUCACCCCGACCUCCACGAGCAUGUCACGAAGAUUUUGAACCGUCUUAAAUGGACCACGCUGUCGGGUACCGACGAUAAUGAAUACCCCGGUUUACUCAGUCUCCUUGGCUGUUCUUCUACAAACUUGAUCGAUCCAGCUUGUCGUCUACUCGUGCAAAUCACCCCAAUCGUCAAGUCGCCCAUCAUCGAUCCGAAUGGCGCUACGGGUGAGCUGCGUCUCUACCGUCGAGCUACGAACACACGAGGUGGCAGUGUCGGUGGUGGUAACUGCAACACCUAUCCCGGCAGCCUUCCCACGCUCAUUAUUACUCUUCUUCCGAUGCUUCUCAUGUCGUGGGACGAGGAUCCGGAGAGCUCUGCUCUUACGCACGAGACGAUAACCACGACGGAAGCAGCUGAUUGGCCCGUUGCGUCGGGUUGCUCAGAGGUUGCCAGCAGCCCCGCCGUGGUGUCACCCUCUCCUGUCGGGUCGUGGACGCAUCGCGGCGGUGGCGAAGGGUCGGUGCCACCGCCGCCUCCUUCCAGCGGUCUCUUGUCCCUCGUCACCGCCACCAUUGUGUCCGGCGCUGUAGCCAAGAAAGCACCUCAGCUCCGACCCAGAAAUCCCAUCUGCAUUCUGGCCGCGGAGAACCUGGCCGAAUUGGCUCUUCAAACAGAUGGCUAUCGGUUCACGAACCUCGCCGUCGUACUUCGGCUUUACGCCACUGGAAGUUUCUCCAAGGACGUUAACCAGUGGGCCAAGUGCGUGACGCGCUACCUAAUGGACGGCUGUGGUGGUUUGGGCGCUCGCAUUCUCUCCUUCCUCACAGCGUUUUUAACACUCGGACCGCCUUGCGUGCAUCUUCCGCUGCUGCAUUUCGCCUAUUGGUUCCUUCAGACGGUGGAGCUGAAUCAAGCUGACAUGUGCAGCCGUAUUCGCGUCUUCAUUAAGGCUACUUCGGAGCGCUUUGUUAAUACGCCGUUAUGGCCUGAGGUAACACUACUCUACCAAGUCGUAGUAUCGCGUUCAGCAACCCUGACUGCGGCACCAGCCAACCAAAAUGUCUACACCCUGCCCGGCCUUGACCCCUCUGGCAGCGGACGCGUCCUCGAUAGUCUGGCCGCUGCAGCGGCAGCCGCUGUACCUCUGCCUGAAGCGGAGCCCCAACGCAUUGCCCUCGCAGGCCGGGUCCUGGAGUUUGACACCAGUGUACUCCAGUCGGCGCCGUUGAUUGGUGGAGGCAGGGGACAGGCGUCGCCGUGUCUAACCACUCAGCACCGAUCGCCCGCACGAACCAACCACCUGGUGGAGACCAUUUUACUCGACUCAGGCAAAUCGUUUUUCAGGGUCGGGGCCUGGAAGACCCCGUGGAACCGACAGGCACGGAUGCGUGGACUUUUCACCAACCUCUUGAACUGCUACGGGUCCCAACUGGAUCAUCUUGCAGCUCCACGGAGUCCGUCGGUGAUAUUCAGUCAGUCGACGGAGACCCUCGACCGCCAGUUGAGCCUGCAUUCCAGCAGCGAAACCACCUCCAUCAACGACGCCAGCAACCCAGAUGAUGGACACUUCGACGAUACCAGCAGUGCUGAGCGAGCAGCUGUCUUCCACGACCUGGACACUUACCUCGAUGCGCAAUUAAUGAAUAUCAACUUCCUUGAUCUACCUGACGGAACAUGGGAGGAUCAGACACGAUGUCCUUGGGGAGUGAGGGGUCAUUCGAUCACCUCGCACGCCGAGUUUCACGAGGAGGGAGGCGAUCAACAGCAACAGCAACCCGAAGGCUCCGCCGGUGAAAGCAUGGGCGGCGGUGGCUGCGGCGUCGACGGCGGUGCCCUCCCGCUGACCUCGGAACUCACCGUCGUCACGGAACCCAUCAAUGCGGCAUCCGUCAACCUCGGUCCUCUCUCUUACUCGCCCAAGCCCACUGGCGACGUCCUUACGACAUCCAACGCAGCGGUGGCUGGACGCCAGUCCCAACUCUCGAUGCAGCUCUCGUCCGCUUCUUCGUGCGCCAGCGGAACUGGAAAUGUCACCCUUCUUGCUCCGAUGACGUCUAAUCGACCGUUCUCUUCACAACUACUCGUCGCCUGGCGAUCUCGAGGCACCAGUCCGACUAGAUGGCUACCUGACGGACCUUCAUCAACCAUCUCCUCUUCUAAUGUCAGUCCUCCAUUGUUGAGCCGCCAAGAUGGAGUCCCAAUCAGCCGAAAGCGCACCCUUUCAGUUCAACCACCGCCAGUUAGUCCUCGGAAACGGCUUCAGGACCGCGCUAUGCUCGGUGGGUCGUUGGAUUCGCUACCGAACCAAAGCGACAUCCAGUUCACCCCCGUGUUCAAAAGCAAACCCAUUUUGACACCAACCAAAGCGCCUGUGCCUUUGUCAUCUGCGGGCUCCUCCAUCAGCUGCUCUUCCCUCAACGAGCAGGAGGUUGUCUUAAUGCCGGUCCCGCCAAUGCCUUCCCCUCCUCCAGCAAAACCGCCUAGGAAGCGAAGGCACUCACGCGGGAGCUUCGAGUUGAGUGUGCGUGACCCUCCACCCGUCCCGUUGCGACUUUCGCGAAGCAGCCACAUGAUUCCGCAAGCCUUGGGCAGCGGCGGCGGUGGCGGUGGUGGUGGCGGUUUCACAUCUUCGUCUUCCGUGGAAGUCGCUGUAGACUCUAAGCAGUUACUAACACCGAGCCCUUCGGAGACGGGGUGGGUUGCAUGCAUGCGCCACCUCAAAUCAACCCAGUGGAAGGCGGCGGAGGGUGCGCGUCUGACUGGCGCGCGGUGCGAUCGACUGCGACUGGUCUUGACGGGCGUGCGAGCGACCUUCGCGGGCAUGCUGCGACGCUCCGCCGUCCAAGCCGUGCAAUUCGCCAACACCGCCUUCUGUAAAUGCCCCCCAAGCAGCGAUCUGGACUCCGAGAUUCGCAUUUCAAACCUUGCCACAAUCGCAGAAUUCAUGCAAGACGUCCUACCCGUUUCCUUUUUCGCUAUCCACCCCGACACCGUUUAUUUGCUGGACGAUAAAUUGGUGAGGCUUUGCCUGCGACUGGGCGAUGUUUACCAACAGUGGGAGGACUCGCUCCAUCGGCUCUCGUCGACCUGCACUUCUUCCGAGGCAGCGGGUGGCCGUCAGCACGAGAUCAUUUGCCGGGACCUGCAGAGUGUCCUCCUCCUCGUCAUCACCUUCUUUCGACUUGGUGUUGAGGUCAUCACCGGCGUGCGGACCCACCUCGCAGACCUGCACAUCCUCGAGAUCUCCGACUGCUCCGAAACCCUCGAGACGCUGUUCGAGUGUUUGAAGCCCCAUAUCGGCACGGUGAUCCAGCCCACCGAGGCCGCGCGCAGCAGGGCGUCCAACGACUUGGAUGCCUGGAAGCCCCAGUGCUUUGAAAUCUUGCACGUAGGACCCGACAAAGUCAAGUUGCUGAGUGUCGAAGAGACAAGGCGUGCUCUGGCCGUCUACACAGCCGCCAUGAAGUCCUCCUCACCUAUUACAAUGGAGGAUGUCAUGGCAAUUUUGGAAGCCUACUGUGAUCAGUUGUGGACGAACCUAGAUUCAGGCGUUGCCGUUGUGUUUGCGCGUUCCCCGAAUUCGGGUGUGAAACGAUUCGAGGCGUUCACCUCCUUCACGACCCCAACUACCUCAGCGUCGUCGUCCUUCUUCACGACCGACGACUUUCUCCACCCCGACAGUCGAGAGCCACUGCCUCCGUUGCAACUCGCCGCGCAACUUCAACGCCUCCUGCAAUCUUGA